AUUUCCCUUUCUCAGCAUACCAACAUCAUUUGAUACGUCUUCAUGUUGUAUCAACUUACCCCAACACGACACGUGGCACAAUUUGAUUCUCAUGACGUUUUGUAUAAAUCCUGGUCUGAUUCGAAAAACCGUUUCAUUAAAGCUUCUGCUUAACCAUGGCAAACUUCAAGAUGUUCUUUGUGGUGUUGUUCGUAGCCGUCGCAAGCGGUUACGCUUUCAAUUUGGGUAGAAAGGCUGAUCAUGAGGUGAAACGUCAAGAAGAUUACGAAUACCCGGAAUAUGAAUACGAAGAAUACGAUUCAGAGAAUAACCAAACAGGAGAAUACGAAUACCCGGAAUAUGAAAACGAAGACUACGAAACAGAAAAAAACGAAAAAAGGGGAUUAGGAUUCCGUGAUUUGGAAUCAGAAGAAAACGAUUCAGGAGAUUCAGAAUCAGGAGAAUCCGAAUCAGGAGAAUCAGACGAAUCGGAUGAUUUGGAAAAACGUGACUCAGAAUCAGAAGAAAACGAAUCGGGCGAUUCAGAAUCAGAAGAUUCCGAAUCUGGAGAAUCAGACGAAACCGAUGAUUUGGAAAAACGUGACUUAGAAUCUGAAGAUGACGAAUCCGCAGAAUACCCAGAGUACGAAGAAGAAGACGAUUCAGCUGAUGUGGAAGUUUUACCUGCGUAAAAUACGAUGCAAUUUAACGUUUAUUAACCAAAAGCUAGCUCAACUGUUCUAAAAGCUUUAUUCAAUGUGUAUUAAUAUAUUUUAAUCAUUUCAGAGAUAAGUAAAAAUUUAAAAAAAAACAGUUUCUUUU